AGCAUGCUACGUGUGUGACGUACAGGCACCGCCCCUUUCUGCUCAGUCCCUCGGAGGGUGGGGGAGUUGGCUGAAAGAUGGCGGCGGAGAGUGCCAUCAUCCCGCAGCUAGCGGAGAGUAUAACUCCGAGCAGCCCCGCUGCCACUUGUAGCGGGCCCAUGGCGGGGGGUGACACUAGUAGUAAUGCACACACCUCCAUCCCCUGCCAGCAAGAUAUUUUACUGGAUGAACAGACUAAAAAGGAGCUUUUUACGGACACAUUUUGCAAAGUGUGUAAUGCCGUUCUGCAGUUUGAAUCCCACAGAAUCUCUCAUUAUGAGGGUAAGAAACAUGCACAGAAAGUCCGUCUUUACUUUCUGAAGAAUGAACUGGAAGAAAUAGCGUUGAAAACUCAAAGAGCGGACCACCGGGUUGAAUUUCAUGUGGAUGGAGAGGUCACUCUUGACAAAAACAAGUUCUGUGGCCUCUGCAAUAUGGUAUUCAGUUCCCCUGUUGUUGCUCAGACGCACUAUGUGGGCAAAAUCCACGCUAAGAAAAUGAGGCAGUCGGCUGGGGAACAAGUGGAGUGGACCCCACAAACUGACCAGGACUUCACGGCCACCUCCCCUGCGGACUCACACACAGAAACAGCUGGUUCACCUGCUUUAGAGCCGACGUCCGACAAACGUUCUGAACAGGAGGUGAGCGCCGAGCAGCAGCAGUCCUCCAACGACAAUGAGAUUGAUCUGAAUGACCCCAAUAAGUACUGCAAGCUCUGCUGUGCCUCCUUUAAUAAAGCACUAGUAGCUCAGCAGCACUACAGUGGCAAAAAGCACGCGCGUAACGAGGCCCGCAAAAAAAUGAUGGAGGAAAUGGAGCAGACCGGUGUGGCUGAUUCAGGGGUGAGUGAUGGCAAAUAUGUGUGCCCAAUCUGCAAUAUCACCCUUACCUCAAUAGAGAUGUACCAGUCUCACAUGCAAGGAAACAAGCAUCAGAUUAAAGAAAACAUGGUGGCCAACUUAAUGAAAACCUCCAAGAAGAAUUAUGACUCGUUUCAGGAUGAAUUAGCAGAGUACAUAAAGGUUCAAAAAGCUCGAGGACUAGAGCCUAAGACUCAGUUCAGGCCAGAAAAGGACCAGUAUGAUAGCGGUGAUUAUGAAGAGGAGGAGGAGGAGCCAGAGUCCAGACCCCUGCAUGGACAUAUUAACAGCAAAUCUAAUGCCCCUUACAAAUAUAUAGAUCGCCAUCCGGUUCCCUAUCCAGUGCACAACUCGUCUCACCCCGCUGAUCCCAGAGUCCCAGCUUGGGGAGCACACUGGGAAAAAGGGAGCAGACCUCCAAGGGGACCCCAUUUUGACUUACAUAAAACAAAACAUAUCUCCCGCUCUCCAUCCAGUCAGGACUCAAGCAGCGAUUCCAGCGGCUCAUCCACGGACGAGAGCAGCGGCUCCUACAAGAAAGACAAAAGACGUAAAAGAAAGCACCACCGAGAAAGCCGACUCCGGGGAUCUGGCAGAAUAAGGAGAGGCGACGAGAACAGCAAGAAGAGGAAAAGAAAGAACGAGGAUGCAGAUUCGGGAAAAGAAGAUAAACAAGACAAGGAGAAAUCUUCAGGGGGCGACAAAGAUAAGCACCGAAAGGAAAAGAAGAAGAAAGAGGAGCAAAGUAAAAAACAAAAGAAGCUUAAAAAGGAAGGGGAGCAAAGAACUGAGGAGGAAAUGCUCUGGGACGAAUCCAUAUUGGGAUUCUAAAACCACUGGGGCAAUGAUCAUACACUGGGGGGCAGUUUUUCUAAACCCAUCAAGUGAUUACAAACUGUUACGUUUGCGGCACACAAUUAUGGUUCUAGAUGGAAAUUAAUCUUUUUUUUACCCAAACUGUGAAGAAACCUGCCUACUCUCCUUAAUAUUGUAUUUUUGUACCCCAUUUUCUUUGUGUGUACUUUUGUUUUAGAGUAAGGACACACGGGCAGAUUUGGGUAGAUUAGUCACCCCUUCUUCGGGCGACAAUCUCUCCAAACUGCCUUCACGCCGGCCGGCUAGAAUAAAAAGUCGCCAGUGGGAUGGCACUCGCAGCGAUUCAUUUUCCGAAGUUGCCUCAUGAGGAAACUUCGGGCGACUUUGGAAAACAAAGCGUUCCGAGUGCCAUCCCAUCGGCGAUUUACAUUCUAGCCGGCGGGAAGGCAGUUCUGGGAGAUUAUUGGCCUGAAGAAGAGGCAAUUUGUCGCCAGGGCAACUAAUCUCCCCGAAUCUCCCCAUGUGUCCUUACCCUUAAGCAUCGAGUCUCUCAGCUGCUCCAUACUGAGUCAAACAGUGAAUCAACGAAAUCACAGACAAGGAAUUGAAGAGACUGUUGGUUUCCCGGUCAUUUUACAAAAUAUUUUUAUUUUGCAAUGAAUAAAAAGGCGACGCCUUGCUCGGACUCUGCCUUGAACAUGGAUUUCAGCCUGAAAAUUAUAAUUUAUAAAUUACUGUAAUAUUAGAAAGUAUAAUAACAAAUCCAUAUUGACGAUGAAAUAGAAGAAGCAACAUUAAAAUUAGUUUUCCUUUUCAUGCAGGAAUUUAUUUAACAAGACAAUAAAAAAAUAUACACAUCUUUA